UAGGGGAGCGGUGCGGGGUGCGGCGGGGGGAGGGGCGCCCACGCAACCCUCGCCCCGCCCCUCCCCGCCCCGCCCCGCCCUUCCCGGGCUUUAGUCCUGGCCGACCCCCGCCACCCGCAGCCCGGCUUCUGCCUGCGCCAGGGCGGGGACGCCUGGCUGCCUAGGUGGCUCUGGAGGCAGCACCGGAGCUCAGCGUGGCCUGCGUUGAACUGCUGAUCACCUGGGCUGGAAGCGUUACUGUCUGGGUGUAGAAGAGGCGGAGACCCCGCGGAGUCCCAGCAGAGAGGGCGCCUGCUGCAAGCCUCAGACAUGCUCCCGCAGGAGGGCUCACUGUGGUUGCUUCGGUUGCUGCGGGACAUCCAGCUGGCCCAGUUCUACCGACCCAUCCAGGAGGAGCUGAAUGUCACUCGGCCAGAGCACUUUGAAUUUGUGAGGCCUGAGGACCUGGACAGCAUUGGCAUGGGCCGGCCUGCACAGCGCAGACUGGCUGAAGCUCUGAAGAGGCACCGCCUAGGGCUUAAGUCUAAGAACUGGGUCUACAAGAUCCUUGGAGGUCUGACUCCUGAGCAGAAGGAUACUACCCCACUCACAGACAGCCCCAUAUCCCCACCUGAGCCCGAGGGGGGCCUCAAGUGUCUGAUCCCAAAUGGUGCUGUGAGCAGAGGGGAGCUGCUGGGCUUUGGCUGCUUUGGGGUGGUACACCGAGGACUGUGGACACUGCCCAGCGGCCAGAGUGUCCCAGUGGCUGUCAAGUCCCUGCGGGUGGGUCCUGAGGGCCCCAUGGGCACAGAGCUGGGGGACUUCCUGAGGGAGGUGUCCGUCAUGAUGAACUUGGAGCAUCCGCACGUCUUGCGCCUGCAUGGCCUCGUGCUGGGCCAGCCUCUGCAGAUGGUGAUGGAGCUGGCACCACUAGGCUCCCUGCACGCACGCCUGACAGCCCCAGCCCCUACACCCCCACUGCCUGUGGCUCUGCUCUGCCUCUUCCUGCGGCAAUUGGCAGGGGCCAUGGGGUACCUUGGGGCCUGUGGGCUGGUGCACCGGGAUCUUGCGACUCGAAAUCUGCUGCUGGCUUCACCACGCAAGAUUAAGGUGGCAGACUUUGGGCUGGUGCGGCCGCUGAGUGGCACCCGGGGCCGUUACGUCAUGGGUGGGCCUCGCCCCAUCCCCUUUGCCUGGUGUGCUCCAGAGAGUCUGCGCCAGGGAGCCUUCUCUUCGGCCUCAGAUGUGUGGAUGUUUGGGGUGACACUAUGGGAGAUGUUUUCCGGGGGUGAGGAGCCCUGGGCUGGAGUCCCACCAUACCUCAUCCUGCAGCGGCUCGAGAAGGACCGAGCCAGGCUUCCAAGGCCUCACCUCUGCCCCAGGGCCCUGUAUUCCCUCGCCUGGCGUUGCUGGGCUCCCCACCCUGCUGACCGGCCUAGCUUUUCCCACCUGGAGGAGUUGCUUCAAGAGGCCUGGCCUCCCGAGGGACGCUGUGUGAGGGAUGUCACAGAGCCAGGCAGCCUGAGGAUGGAGCCUGGUGACCCCAUCACCCUCAUUGAGGGCAGCCCUGACUCCUCAAUCUGGAAGGGCCAGAAUGGUCGCACGCUCAAGGUGGGCAGCUUCCCAGCCUCAGCAGUGACUCUGGCAGACUCAGGGGGCUUGCCAGCUACCCGGCUAGUCCAGCGAGGUUCCCCUGCUCAAGGAGAGCGAUGCCGAGGGAGCACGGAUGGGGACAGAGUGAAAGCAAAGCUUUGGGAUGUACCUCCAGCACGAGGCCAGAGAAAGAACAUGGCUCUGCCGAGGAUGAAAGGCAUUUCUAAGAGUCUGGAGUCGGUUCUGUCCCUGGGGCCCCACCCCACAGGGGGUGGUUCAAGCCCCCCUGAAAUUCGACAUGUCAGAGCUGUGCCCCAGGGGCCCCCAGGCCUGCCACCCGGCUCUCCCCUUGCUUCUGGCUCUUCUCGUCAGCCUGGCCAGCACCCCUGGGAGCGACCUCCCCGGGCCAAAAGAGAACCUCCACAGAAUCACCCUGCGGGAGCACCUACAACCACCAGAGCCACCAGCUCCUCUGGAGGCUUCUUGCCCAACCCCGAGUUGCAGAGGAGAAUUAAAGAGGUGGAGCUGAAUGUGCAUGGAGUCACCCACCAGGAGUGCCAAGCGGCACUACGAGCCACUGGGGGAGAUGUGGCCGCUGCCAUCAGAAACCUCAAGGUGGACCAGCUCUUCCACCUGAGUAGCCGAUCUAAAGCUGACUGCUGGCACAUCCUUGAGCUUUACCACUGGGACCUCUCAGCAGCCAGCCGCUACAUCUUGGCCCGGCCCUGAGCUCACUCCCCUUGGGCAUGGACACCGGCAUGGAAAGCCUGACCAUGUGGAGUCAAGCAGAACUAGGAAAGGGUGACAGGACAGACCUCCCCACCUGGGGAGAAACUGCUGUAAAUAGUCCCAGAGGCCCAGGGCCAGGCACUUAGGAGUGUCCCCUCCUCCCCUUGCCCGUGGCUUGGUCACAGAAGGAGCUAAUCCCAAGCAAGAGCAGUACUUGGAGGAGCAAAGCCUCUACACAACAUGAUCACUUCUACUCACUACAGAGAAGGGGCAAGGGGUCAAACUGGACCAUAGGUACAGCCAUCCUGCACUGCCUUCGGCUGCCCCACUGGCCUCUAUGGGAACAUCCAUCUUGGAUGGCGGAAAUGGUCAUAUUGACUUAGAGCUUUUGGCCCAAGUGGACUUGACGAGCCAGGACCAUCAUGGGUGAUGAACGUUGCUUUCUUGGACUUAACGAACACAUGAUCCUGGUAGCUCAGACUGUAGGGUGGGCCAGCCCCCACCUAACCCAGCUAUAUCAGAUUCCCCUUUAUUUCACCCCUCACCACUCUUCUGCCCACUCCUAUUACAUACAUCUCCUGAUGUCCAAAAAAAAGUUACAAAGUUUAUAUGAAUAUAACAUACAAAGA